AUGGCCGACCGGCAGGCGGGCGCGGCGGCCGGAGACUGGGAGAUCGACGUGGAGAGCCUGGAGCUGGAGGGGGACGUCUGCGGGGCGCCGCCGCCCACGCCGCCCGGGCCCAGCCCGCCGCAGGCCGACGGGGACGACGAGGACGACGACGAGGAGGACGAGGACGCGGAGGAAGAGGGCGACGGCGAGGAGUGCCUGCUGGUGGUGGAGCGGCAGCGCGUCAUGGCCGCCCAGGUGGCGCUCCGGAGGCAGCAGGCCACGGAGGACAAGAAAGGGCUCUCCGGGAAACAGAAUCAUUUCGAGCGCAAAGCCGUGUACCAGAGGCAAGUAAGGGCGCCCAGUUUGCUGGCCAAAAGCAUUUUAGAAGGCUAUCGCCCCAUUCCAGCAGAGACUUAUGUAGGAGGGACCUUACCUCUGCCUCCCCCAGUUAGUGACAGGAUGAGGAAAAGAAGGGCCUUUGCUGAUAAAGAGUUGGAGAACAUUAUGCUGGAGAGAGAAUAUAAAGAGAGGGAAAUGUUGGAAACUUCCCAAGCUGCCUUGUUCCUGCCCAACCGCAUGGUGCAUGGACCUGAAUACAACUCCUACAAAAGUGCCUACAGCCCCACCCCAGUAGAAGCACCAAGCAAAGACUUCUGCAAUUUUUUGCCCACCUGCCUUGAUCUAACCAUGCAGUAUUCAGGGUCUGGUAAUAUGGAACUGAUUUCUUCCAAUGUUAGCGUGGCCACAACUUACAGACAGUAUCCCUUGUCCUCGAGACUUUUAGUUUGGCCCAAGUGUGGCCCCAUUAGUGACGCUCUCCUCUACCAGCAAUGCCUGCUAAAUGCCACCACUUCAGUUCAAGCCCUGAAACCUGGGGCCAGCUGGGACUUGAAGGGAACACGAGUCCAGGACGGACUCAGUGCGGAACAUGACAUGAUGCCUCCGAAAUUGGAAGGCUCCCUGGUGCUGCCUCACACUCCUGAGGUCCAGACCUCCAGAAGUGACCUUCAGGGUCACCAGGCUGUCCCCGAGAGGUCUGCAUUCUCCCCACCCCGACGGAAUUUCUCUCCGAUUGUUGACACGGACUCCUUGGCAGCUCAAGGGCACGUCUUAACCAAGAUCAGCAAAGAAAACACGAGGCACCCUCUGCCACUUAGACAUAAUCCAUUCCAUGCAUUAUUCCAGCAAACGCUUAAUGACAAAUCAGGUCCUGAGUUGAAAACACCAUUUGUCAAAGAGGCCUUUGAAGAAACCUCUAAGAAACACAGAGAGUGUUUAGUCAAGGAGAACCAGAAGUACACUUUUACAAUAGAUAGAUGCGCAAAAGACCUUUUCGUAGCCAAACAAGUUGGAACAAAACUCUCGGUGAAUGAACCGCUGUCAUUUUCUGUUGAGUCUAUUCUUAAGAGGCCUUCUUCUGCCAUCACUCACGUUUCUCAGUAAAAGCUGCUUAAAUGGAAAGCUGGACUUUCUGCAGUCUCAGAGGGUUCUUGCUAUUUGCUGAUAUUAUGUUAAAGUUAAGUUGUUUGUAUACAGAAUUUUCUAAUGUAAAUGAUGAUUUCUAAAAAUUCUACAUAUUCAUAUGCAUGUACUUCUCUUUGUCCCAUAAAUAUAUUUAAACUUAAAGAUGGAAAUUGCUUAUUGUGCAAAUUGUAAGGUUCUUUGCUUUAUGCAGCAUUUCAAAAAGCAAUAAAAUUGACACUGUCUUCUAAAAGACCCAGUGUUUGCUAAAGCAAA